AUGCAGUCGUGGCAAAGGUACGUGAUGGUCUUCGUAUUUUUUUCUUGUCUUCGCCUCGUCCCUGCUUCAGUGACACAUUACACUAUCCCGGAGGAGAUGAAAGUGAGAUCUAUCGUGUCUAACCUCGCUACCGAUUUGGGCCUGGAUGUGAAAACACUGAAUAAUAGAAAAAUGCGCAUUGACCUAAUCGCAAACAAAAAAUACCUUGAGAUAAACAAAGACACGGGUGAGCUAUUCGUUGCAGAGAGGAUUGACAGAGAAACCCUUUGCCCCAAAAUGUUAUCAUCUUGUUACUUAAAAAUGGAGGUCAUACUUGAAAAUCCUGUGCGAAUAUUCAACAUAGAGAUUGAGAUUUUGGACAUUAAUGACAACGCCCCACAGUUCCGACGCGAUGUGAUACAUUUGGACAUAUCCGAGUCUACACCUAUUGGGGAAAGAUUCUCUCUGAGUAAUGCAGUGGAUCCAGACGUUGGGAUUAAUACAGUAAAAACGUACCAUCUGAGCGAGAGUGAACACUUUACUUUAGAGGUCCAAACAAGCAGAGAUGGAUCAAAACUUGCGGAUUUGAUUUUAGCAAAAGCUUUGGACCGCGAGCGCCAGGCCGUCUUCAAUUUAAUUCUAACCGCUAUAGACGGUGGGACGCCAGCUGGGUCUGGAACAGCAAGCGUUAUUGUUCAGGUACUAGACACAAAUGACAAUGCCCCUGUCUUUGACCAACGGUAUACUGUUAGUAUACAGGAAAAUGCCCCUGUAGGUAGCCUUGUUAUUAACCUUAACGCAAGUGAUUUGGAUGAGGGAUCAAAUUCAGAUGUAUCAUAUUCAUACAGCCUUUAUACAUCAGAAAAAGCCCAAGAGACAUUUAAUCUAAACCCUAAAUCUGGUGAAAUUACAGUCAAAGGCGUGUUAAAUUAUGAAGAUAAUAAAAUCUAUGAUAUGGAGAUUAUUGCCACUGAUAAAGGAGUCAAUAGUUUAUCAGGCCAAUGUACAGUAAGAGUUAUUGUUGAAGACAUGAAUGAUAAUCACCCAGAAAUAUCUAUUAAGUCUUUUCAGAGCCCUGUUGGUGAGGACAUAGAGGUGGACACAGUGAUAGCUGUGGUCAGUGUCAGUGAUAAAGACUCAGGAGACAAUGGAGAGGUCACUCUCCAUAUUCCUCGUCACAUGCCUUUUACACUGCGCCAGUCUUCUGAUAACUAUUAUGAACUGGUGGUGUCUGAGCCUUUAGACCGGGAGAAAGUCCCUGAGUACGACAUCACCUUCACUGUCACAGACAGAGGCUCUCCUCCAUUAUCUGACAAUGAGACUAUGACUUUAGAGCUGCUGGACGUGAACGACAAUGUGCCACAGUUCCCCCAGUCCUUUUACACUAUACGUGUCCCAGAGAAUAACGCUCCAGGAGCCCUGCUCGGCUCACUCACGGCCUUUGACCCUGACCUCCAUGAAAACCAGUAUCUAGUUUACUUCAUCCUGGAGAAGGAGGUAGCCAACACCUCCAUGUCCAUGCUGUUCUCCAUCAACCCAGAGAACGGGAACUUGUACGCGCUCAAAACAUUUGACUAUGAGAUAGAGAAGGAGUUUCUGUUCCACAUCGAGGCCAGAGACUCGGGCUCUCCUCCUCUGAGCAGUAACGUGACUGUUCACAUCAUUAUUGUGGACCAAAAUGACAACGCUCCGGUCAUCGUGUCUCCGUGGCGCGCACACGGCUCAGUGGUGGAGGAGAAGAUCCCCAGGUCCACUGAUAAAGGCUCGCUGGUGGCCAAAGUGAUCGCUCUGGACACUGACUCUGUGCACAACUCUCGCAUCACCUACCAGUUUCUACAGGUCACUGACGCCACACUGUUCAAUCUGGACCAAUACAACGGAGAGAUCCGCACCAUGAGGAUGUUCAGUUACAGAGACCCGCGCCACCAGCAGCUGGUGGUGGUUGCCAAGGACAACGGGCAGCCCUCCCUGUCGGCCACAGUGACCAUCAAACUGUCCACGGUGGAGACGGCCGUGAAGGCCUACUCUGACAUGACCGAGGUGCCUCUGGAGUACGACAUCUUCGACCUGAACCUGUAUCUGGUCAUUGGUCUGGGCUCGGUCUCCUUCCUCCUGCUCAUCACCAUACUGGUCACCAUCGUACUCAAGUGUCAGAAACCCAAGUCCAGCAGCAAAGCUCCUCCUCCCUGCAGGAACAGUGUGAUCAGUGAGAGGAACUCCACCAUCGCAGACUCCACUCUGGUGUCCAACGAUGCCUACUGGUACAGCCUGUUCCUGGCAGAGACCAGGAAAGGAAAACUGGUGGUGAGACAGCCUGUGCCCAAAGGCUCCAGAUACAUAGUGUCCAGUAUACCACGAGGCACAGGAGUAUCAGACACCAGCGACUCUGCAGCCUCCACUCUGCAGGACGUCUCUCAAACGGAUAGCACAACACUAAAAAUGACCUAUCAGUAUUUACUAAAAGUGGUGGCCACCAUCACCCAUUAUUCUGUUCCCGAAGAAAUGGAGGAAGGAGCUGUGGUCGCCAAUUUAGCGACAGAUUUGGGCUUGGACGUAAAGACUCUCAAAAGAAGAGAAAUGCGCAUUGACGUGGUAGGAAACAAAAAAUAUCUUGACAUUAACAAAGACACGGGGGAACUGUUUAUUUUAGAAAGGAUCGACAGGGAAUUUUUGUGUCCAUUGAAAACCACAACUUACUGCUUUCUAAAAUUGGAUGCUACGAUAGAAAACCCAAUACGCAUGUUUAAUAUUGAGGUUGAGGUAACGGAUAUUAAUGACAACGCUCCACAUUUCCGUCGCGGGACGAUGCAUUUGGACAUUUCUGAAUCAAGUCCCGUUGGAGAGAGGUUUUCACUGAAUAACGCCGUUGAUCCGGAUGUGGGAACAAAUUCGGUUAAAGAUUAUCAUCUGAGCGUAAACGAGUAUUUUCAAAUUGAGAUCCAAACAGGGAGAGAUGGGUCCAAGUUUGCAGAUUUGGUUUUGAAAAAGGCAUUGGACAGAGAGCAGCAGGCUGUUCAUAAUCUGAUUCUCACCGCGGUGGAUGGAGGGGUCCCCACGCGCACAGGUACAGCCAGCAUUAUUGUCCGCGUGCUUGACGUGAACGACAACGCCCCUUCGUUUGAUGAAGACAAGUAUGUUGUUGAUGUUUUAGAAAAUUCCCCAGUUGGCAGUUUAGUGAUUAAACUGAAUGCUACAGAUUUAGAUGAAGGCUCCAACUCUGAUUUAGUUUACUCUUACAGCCUGUACACAUCAGAGAGGACACAGAACAUGUUUACUCUGAACCCGGACAAUGGUGAAAUCAGAGUGAAAGAGAUGAUCAAUUAUGAAGAUUUUAAGAUUUAUGAAAUGGAGGUCAUUGCCAGUGACAAGGGACCUAACCCAUUAUCUGGACAUUGUAAAGUGACUAUACAGGUCACAGACAUGAAUGACAACCACCCAGAUAUUUCAAUUAAAUCUUUUCAAAGUCCAAUUAAGGAAAAUGAGCCCAUAGACACAGUCAUAGCUGUAGUCAGUGUUAAUGACAAAGAUUCUGGGAACAAUGGGCUGGUUGAUCUCUCUGUUCCACCUAAUUUACCUUUUAAACUGCGCCAGUCUUCUGAUAACUAUUAUGAACUGGUGGUGUCUGAGCCUUUAGACCGGGAGAAAGUCCCUGAGUACGACAUCACCUUCACUGUCACAGACAGAGGCUCUCCUCCAUUAUCUGACAAUGAGACUAUGACUUUAGAGCUGCUGGACGUGAACGACAAUGUGCCACAGUUCCCCCAGUCCUUUUACACUAUACGUGUCCCAGAGAAUAACGCUCCAGGAGCCCUGCUCGGCUCACUCACGGCCUUUGACCCUGACCUCCAUGAAAACCAGUAUCUAGUUUACUUCAUCCUGGAGAAGGAGGUAGCCAACACCUCCAUGUCCAUGCUGUUCUCCAUCAACCCAGAGAACGGGAACUUGUACGCGCUCAAAACAUUUGACUAUGAGAUAGAGAAGGAGUUUCUGUUCCACAUCGAGGCCAGAGACUCGGGCUCUCCUCCUCUGAGCAGUAACGUGACUGUUCACAUCAUUAUUGUGGACCAAAACGACAACGCUCCGGUCAUCGUGUCUCCGUGGCGCGCACACGGCUCAGUGGUGGAGGAGAAGAUCCCCAGGUCCACUGAUAAAGGCUCGCUGGUGGCCAAAGUGAUCGCUCUGGACAUUGACUCUGUGCACAACUCUCGCAUCACCUACCAGUUUCUACAGGUCACUGACGCCACACUGUUCAAUCUGGACCAAUACAACGGAGAGAUCCGCACCAUGAGGAUGUUCAGUUACAGAGACCCGCGCCACCAGCAGCUGGUGGUGGUGGCCAAGGACAACGGGCAGCCCUCCCUGUCAGCCACAGUGACCAUCAAACUUUCCACGGUGGAGACGGCCGUGAAGGCCUACUCUGACAUGACCGAGGUGCCUCUGGAGUACGACAUCUUCUCAGACCUGAACCUGUAUCUGGUCAUUGGUCUGGGCUCGGUCUCCUUCCUCCUGCUCAUCACCAUACUGGUCACCAUCGUACUCAAGUGUCAGAAACCCAAGUCCAGCAGCAAAGCUCCUCCUCCCUGCAGGAACAGUGUGAUCAGUGAGAGGAACUCCACCAUCGCAGACUCCACUCUGGUGUCCAACGAUGCCUACUGGUACAGCCUGUUCCUGGCAGAGACCAGGAAAGGAAAACUGGUGGUGAGACAGCCUGUGCCCAAAGGCUCCAGAUACAUAGUGUCCAGUAUACCACGAGGCACAGGAGUAUCAGACACCAGCGACUCUGCAGCCUCCACUCUGCAGGUGUUGUAA